CGACCUUGGCGAGAAAAGAAAAAACCGAAAAAGAAUAAGAAUGUUAAGUAACACCUUACCUAUUUAUCUACUAUAAAAUAACUGCACUUGUUCAAGAGUUAGAUAUGUUGUUUAUCUUCACUCUCACAAAAUAACACACAACUUUACUCUAAGAUUUCUGAGAGGAAAUUUGUCUUCCAAAAACUGUAAAAUUGAGAUUGAAGGUGAAAACGCAUUAAAUUAAAUUUCUUCCCCGAAUAGAAAGUGACAAAAUGUUAAAAGUAGAACAUAUUACGGAAGAAGAGAAGAGUAAAAUUAGAGAGCUCAAGAGCGUAAUAGAUCACGAGCUUACACCGGAUUUAGUCGAAGAUAAAUCCUUAUACUACCGCUUUUUGAAAGCGAGAGAUUUUAACUUAAAACAUGCUGAAGCUCUUCUAAGAAAGCAUUUAUCCGACAGAAAAACUUAUCUGGGAGAAAAUUUCAAGGAUUAUUAUCCACCUGAGUAUAUCAAGGAGUAUUUACCUUUAAGUUUCGUUUGUUUUGAUAAAGAAGGCUCUGUAGUUCUGUAUUUAGAUUUAGGGAGAACGGAUCCUAGAGGGCUGCUUUCCUUGUUCACUUUCAAACAGCUUGUUCAGUUUGUUGCAUUCAAUUUGGAAGAAAAUUUUAGAUUAAUGACUAAAGAGAGCAUAAGGCGGGGAAAAUCUGUAACGAAGUUCUGUAUUAUAUUAGAUAUGGAUAAACUGAAUCUAUUUAAUGCCACAUUUAAAAAAGGCAUAGAAACUUUAAUCAAUGGUUUUCAAUUAUAUCAAGAUAACUAUCCAGAAAGAAUGAAAUCAGUUUACAUCAUUAACGCAUCCUUCUAUUUCUACUUAGGAUAUCCUCUAAUCAAAGCUAUUCUUGCAAGUGUCUUACUUCAGAAAAUACACAUUUUUGGCAAAGAUGGCUGGAAAGAGGUCCUUCAAGAAAAUAUUGAUGGCGAAGUCCUACCAGCGUUCCUCGGAGGUAAUCGGUCAGAUCCGGAUGGCAAUCCGUGGUGUACCUCUUUCCUUGUCUUUGGGAAGAAGGUUCCAGAAGAAUUAUAUUCUAAGAAGAAAAAAUCUAUUGUCAGUGAAAAGGGUGUGAAAAAGUUGACUAUUAAUAGGUUUUCGUCUUCUGAAAUUAUGUUACAUAUUUACGAGGAGAAUACGUGUAUUGAGUGGGAAUUCGAGACUAAAGUGAAAGACAUUGGUUUUGGACUGUACUACAAAGACAGUUCCAAGGAAAAUUCUAGAAUAGAAGAACUUAUUCCGAAACAAAGAAUAGACACAAUGCUGUCGUCUGAAGCAGGAGUUUACAGUUGUAACAGAAUUGGAACAUAUAUUAUUGUUUUUGACAAUUCUUACAGCUGGAUAUAUUCGAAAGAACUCUACUACCGAAUCCGAUUGAAAAAGCCAAAGAUGAUCAAUUAAGAUUCUUUAUUUACUUUUAUAUUUACUUUUUACAUACUUAUAAAUAUUUACAUUAACUGUUAUGUUUAUCAACUAAUAAAAAUAAUUCAAAA